GCACGCCAGAGUUCGUAUCGCCCGAGAUCGUCAACUAUGAGCCGCUCUGCCUGGGCUGUGACAUGUGGGCUGUCGGUGUCAUCACAUAUAUCCUGCUAUCUGGCGCCUCUCCGUUCCUGGGAGAUACCCAGCAGGAGACGUUCGCCAACAUUGUGGCCUGUGAUUAUUACUUCGACGAGGAGUACUUCAGUGGCACCUCCGAGUCAGCCAAGGACUUCAUCUCGCGUCUCUUUGUCCGAGAUCCCAGAGGCAGAGCUGACGUCCGCGAGUGUCUGCGCCAUCCCUGGAUAGAGCCCCGCGGGAAGGAGGAGAAGCAGGAGCAGAACGACAAGGAAGUGAACAUCGACAACCUGAAGACGUACCAGGCUCGGCGACGCUGGAAGCACUCGCUGCGGGUGGUGUCGCUGUGCAACCGGCUGUCUCGGAGCGCCAAGCUGCGCAGCCGGAGCCAGAGUAUGGAGAUGCUGGACGAGCGGGAGGAGCAGCCGACGUCACACCCGGCCUCAUCGCCGGCCAUCAACGAGCUGGCCGUGGCCGCCUACCAGGACGAGAACUUCGUGGUGUCAGCGCUCUUCUGCGCCGCCGAGGAGGGCAACAUCGCCGGCAUCAAGGAACUCUUUUCCAUGGCCAAGAUCGACCCCAACGUCUCCAACAAGCACGGUGAGACUGCACUUCACGUGGCGGCCGGCCUGGGUCAGCUGGAGGUGGUGCGGGUGCUGCGCGCCAAAGGAGCCAACUUAAACCAGACGGACGGCAACGGUGACAACUCGGCCUUCUGGGCGGCCCGGCAUAGCCACUCGGCCGUGCUCAAUUACCUCAUCCGGGAGGGCGUGCACGUCAACAACAGGAACAAGAGCGGCGAGACACCCCUGCACGUGGCGGCCCGGUAUGGUCACACAGCUGUGGUCCAGCUGCUCUGCGAGGCGCACACCAACCUCGACAUACAGGACGACCAUGCGGAGACGGCGCUGCACAUGGCCGUGUGGCAUGGCUUCCCCGUCAUCGCCAGCCUUCUCUGUCUGGCCGGAGCCAAUCCCAACGUCGUCAACCACGAGCUGGAGACACCGCUGCACUGCGCGGCGGCGCGCGGCCAUCUGGAGGCCGUGCGCUGUUUACUAGACGCCGGCGCCACGCUGAACCUGGCCGACCGGCGCGGCGCCACCGCCCUCCACCUGGCGCUGCACCGGCGACACGUGCACGUGGCGCACCUGCUGCUCCAGGCCGGCGCCGACUGCGACCUAGCUGAUCACGCGGGGGAGACGCCCAUCCAUCUGGCGGCCGCCGCCGGCCUGCUGACCCUGGCGCAGACGCUUUGCGCUUAUGGCUGCGCAGUGGACGUCAUCAACCGCGAGGGCCUGUACCCCAUCCACCUGGCAGCCAAACACGGCCACACCGAGGUGGUCAGGAUAUUGUGCCUAGCCGGCUGCACUAUAGACCAGCGGAACCGGGACGGCAUCAAGGCCGAGAUCACGGCCAUCAAGCGCGGCCACAAUGACAUCAGCUGUCUGCUCUCCCGACUCGGCAAUGCCGAGCUUCGGGAGGAAUACAUCAAUCAGCUGAUACCGACUGCAAACCCGAUCUCGCGAAUAAAACUCAAGGUCUUCGGACACUCGGGCGUUGGGAAGACGUCCCUGAUUGAGUCGAUGAAGAUGGGAUAUUUCUCCAGCUUCUUCAAGAGAAGCAAGAGUGGAAGCAUCGGCAGCAUUGGCAGUCAAAAAUCCACGCACAGCCCCAACAAGUCGCACAUGGAGAUGACGCCGACCCGGUGCAGAGACAGUUCGCUGUCGUUCGACACAGGCUACGACAACUACACCCGCGGCAUCGACGUCAGCCAGUCGACGCUGAGUGGAGUGGGGGAGGUGUCCGUGUGGGACUUCUCCGGCCACGACAGCUACUACAUCUUCUACGACCACUUCAUCGGCAAUACCAACUGCGUCCACCUGGUGGUGUACCGGCUCAGCGACCCCCCAGCGGUGCAGAUGCAGCAGGUCAUCUUCUGGAUGGGCUUCCUGCAGGCGCGCAUCCCUCCCAAGGAACCGCUCGGUCACUGCGGCCGGUCGAGCCGACCGGCGAAGGUGGCGCUGGUGGCCACUCACGCCGACCUCAGCCAGUGUCACAAGAACGGACACGGCGAGUAUUCCUCGUCCGAGGUGAAUCUCUUGAUGAAGGAGGUCCAGGAGCGUUUCGGCCACGUCUUUGAUUUGCACGAGACGACAUUCGUUUUGGACGCCACGUCCGCCUCGUCGCCGGCGCUGAAGCACCUCAAGGGUUAUCUGUCCGAGAUGAAAGCGAAAGUGACGCAGGGCCUGCCCAAGUCCACCGGCUUCCUGGAGGCGGUGGUGGCGCAGCUGGGAGGCUGGCGGCGGCUACAGCCCAGCUUUCCGAUCCUGACCUGGCCGGACCUGGUAGACAUCGUGCGCGUCCAGGUCAACCCGCUGGUCGGCGAGGAGCAUGUGCAGGAGGUUGUGCAGCAGCUGCAGCUCAUGGGAGAGGUGGUGUACCUGAAGCCGACCAAUGGCGAGCAGGACAUCCUGGUGCUCUCUCCGCGCUGGCUCACCUCCGAUAUCCUCGGCCACAUGCUGUCCGGCGAGUUCAUCCAGAAGGCCAAGGCCACGG